CACUUAGUUUUGACCUCAUAUUGAUUGGGGAUGCAAUAUAUUAAUCAUUGGCUUUUAUAUGAUCCUAUAGUUUUAUUGCUGAUUUUUCUCAUUCCUUUACUGUAUCUCCCAUAAUUCAAUAAUUCCAGGCCAAGAAGGAGGCACCUAGAAGGCCCAGUAAAGAAGAAGUUGGUCUGAUUCCAAAUAAAGACCAGAAUAUGCAGAGGUCAUCCCUGUGUCCCUCUCCCCUGAGCACUGCCACUGACCAGGGCUUUCCAGAUGACCGGGAGCCAGCUUGGCUCUCCAACCUAGAACUGAAGCCAUUGUCCACUCUGUUGAAGAACAUGUUGUAUCAGACUGUGGAAUGUCUGGCUGACACCCGCUGGGAGCUCAGGAGGAUGGGACAGCAGGUGCUCCCUUGUGUAGUCGAGGUGAUAAGGUGGUAUGACAUGGCAAUACUUGAGGAGUUAUGGAACGAACAUCUCACCCCCAACACCACUCUACUCUGCUAUGGUGCCUGCAUUGCUUUUAAAUAUUCCUUGUCUCAUGCUGCCAAACUGGCCCCUAUGUUAUCUGAUCCACCAGUCACAUGGCAGGAUUCAGAAACCUGCAAGCGAACAGUUCAUGCCAUCACCACCUCCGUCACUGCUCAUCUGGCGCUACGUGUCACAUGUGCCAACAGUCUUCUCCAUCGCCACUGUUUUGAUAGGCUGUCCCUAGUUGCCAUGGAGAUACUGAUGUUGGUGCACACACACUUUACCUUACCAGCUGAUCAGAAAUCUAGAGAGGUUCGUACCAUAGUGAACUUCUGCCAGCAGAUGUUCCUCCACGCACACUCUGACAGGAAGCUGGGGACAGAUCUGGCCAAGGUGGUUCAACCUGUCACCUUUGUCACCCCACUGGACGGGUUCCUCAGUUUCUCCCCAAGAGAAGAGAAGGUCCAGCACUGUGCUAAGCAGGUGGAGAAGCAUGUGCUGUCUGAGCUGCAGCAGGUGUUGGUGCCCUUCCUCAAGGUCACCAAGGUCACAGAUAUCCUGAGCUUACUUCCUGUCACUGUGUUCUAUAUAGGAGAAUAUGUUGAUGACGAGAAGGUGGCUAAUACAGUUUUGCAAUGUGUCCAAAUCAUGACUACAAACCUGAUAGAGCAGGUCAGACAAGAAGGACUGAACGAGGACAGGGCAGUGGAGGUGAACAGAUAUACAGGCUGGGCUCUGCAGGAGAUUGCCAGCUUGGUGUCAUCAAGGAGUACGGAGCUCCACAUUUUGCGCCACUUGUUGGAGUUACAUACCAGUUUGAAUAAGUUUGCCUCGGGUCCUCAACAUCUCAAGUCCUUGUUCCAGGCUGUUUGUUCCCGGAUAUCCAUGGUUGACACAUCAAAGCCAAAUUUUCCUGCCCAUGAGAAUCUCGUCAUCUUAUCCAAUGAUAUAGCCUCUCCUGUUCCCUUCACUGACAAAGUGGAAGAUGACACAGACUCUGAGGAAGAGGAAACCAAGCUCUUGGCCGAGACAGUGUCGGACACCAUAUUGCAAGAAUCCCUCAUUCUCAAUGGCAGCAACAACAGCGGAGGUCAGCUUUCUGGCCGUCAGAGCGCCAUGAGUGGGUGUAGUGUGCCCUCUGGUGGCCGUCAGAGUGCCAUGAGUGCAAUAAGUGGUGGCUCAGUAGAGGGCAGCAGUUGUCGUCUGAUGUCACAGAUGUCAAAUCCUUCAGAUGCUGGGUCUGAUUGGGACAGCUGGAGUGAAGAUGAAGAGGAUCAGCCUGUUCUGUAUAGUUUGUUCUCCGAGUUCCUGGACAAUCUACAUAAGCAGUACAGUAAACUGCCUAUUGAGGAGGACAAAACAUCUACAUUUGCUGCUGAAUUGAGAAAAGUUUCAGAGAAGGACAGGAAGCUUCUUAAAGGCAUCAUGGGUAAAAGCUGAGGCAUGCUGGGAGAUUGCCCAGUGGUUUAUGACCCACUUCUUGUGGAUAGGAAGACAAUAGUUCUUUCAGCUGUGCCAAAUCCAAUGCCGAUGACAAUGCUAGUAUAUGUCAAUGACAGUCACAGUCUUAACAGCAGGGGUUUAUUUCAUAAAAGAACUUUAAACAGAACAAUUGCCUUUUUAUAUUUUGGUCAAUUUAUAUCCAGUAUACAACUGCAAUACAUGGUCUAAAAUUAUAGUCCUUUUUUGUUACAAAAAAUUCCCUGUGGGAGAACUUCAAUUGGACAACUGCUAGAAAAUGUGAGAUAAAAUAGACUAAAUUUUUGGUUUUUUGGUCUACGGUUGUUUUAUGAAAUUGCCUCCAAAAGCUGUUAACAUGCAGCUGAAGACGUGCAUUGAUAGUAAGAGGACUUAGUUAUUGCUAGAAAAGGCAUAUCAAGCAAAAAGAUGCCAACUUAAGUAAAUUGAAGUAGAUUGUGUGGACAUGUCAUUUAAACUUUGAAAUUUUCCCAGAUUUUGGGCAUCAUGCAUUUUGUCUUUUGAUAAGUUAUAAUAGUUAUAUACAUAUAAUGAUGUGCAAGUUAUUCAUUUAAUUUUUUAAAAUAAAUUUAAAUGAUAAUGUUAUAUUUCCAUCAUGUUUAUGAUGUGGUGUUCAUCAGCACCAGAAAAUAUGUAUCCUCUCCAUUCAUAAUUAAUCUUUUUUAUAUUAAAUUGUUAGACUUGAUCAUCUGUGAAUCUCUCUAGACUCAGGGAUGAGUUACAGGUAGUAAAAGUAGCAGAAUGUUGAAAAAGAAGCUGUCAGGCUUUGUACCGUCCCAACAAGCUUCAUGUCAUACCUCAGAGAGACCAAAUGUCUCAGUCAUAUAGGGAAAGGGCUGGUUUCACUUCAGACUGAAAGUUGGUCUGAACUCUGAGAUCAAUAUGGUGAUUAAUGUGCAGUGGUUCUUUAAAAUAGAAUAGACAUCAGUCCAAUAUGUUCACCAUUCUUUCCUUGUGAUAAAACCUGGAUGAUAUUUAUUUUAAUUGGACAACUGCUGAUUAAUCUUGGGAUGUAGUAGAUUAAAAUUUGGUCUAAAAUCUUAUUUUUGUGACAUGGGCCCACCAUGUUGUGUUUGUUGUGAUUGGUUUUAACUUGUUUUUAAUAUCAUACAAGGAUGGAACUAAAGCCAUCUUAAAAUUUAUGCUGUUUACUUUAGUUUGUAUUUCACAUAAAGUCUUCAGUUCUUGGGUUGAACUUAGACUGCUAAAAUCAAAUAGCUACCUACGUGAAGUUGACUUUACAAUGUAGGUCUAAGAGCUUUAAAGAAUGAUUGACCCAAAAUAAAUUUGCUUGACAUUCUUAAGUGUGGUAUUGAAAGAUCUUCAUCAAGACAAACACUGUUCAGUUGGCUUAUUUAAGAGACUGAAAAUAGAGGUAAGGAGCCUCAAAAGUUUCUUUCUGAAAUACAGCUUAGUCUGUUAAGGCUAAGUAAGCUAAAAUAUUAGCCCCAAGACUUACUAAUUAUUUUUGUGAAACAAGCCCUUAUGUUGAAAAUGGAUGUGUUAUGUUCUCCAAACUAGAUUUGAUCAUUUCUUUCACAUCCAGCUAGGACCAUUCCUAAUAUACUGAGCUAUGACAUUCUGGCAUUUGAUUGGUUUGCAUGUAUGUCUUUUUUUUUUUCAAAUUACAUUUGUAUUUUAUAAAAAUUGUACUAUGUUACGUGUAGCAGACAUUCCUGUCUUAGAGCUUCAGUUCAUAAAUUGUUGGAAUCUUUAUUUUUAAGAUAAAAUGUAGUCUGAAUAUUAGUUAGGUUGUAUUUUUAUUUAUUAUAGUCUUUAUUAAAUUUUUUUAUUGCACUUGUACAUUUGUUCACUAAGUUUCAGAUUUUUUAGAAUUAUUUUGAAAACAAAAUAUUGUAUAUCAAUGAUAAAUUAUGUAUAAGAAAAAAGAAAA